AUGGGCAAGACGGGCAAGGGCACGGGAAGUUUCGGCCAGCGGCACAACAAGAGCCACACGCUGUGCCGCCGCUGUGGCCGCCGCUCCUUUCACAUCCAGAAGAAAAUAUGCGCCUCCUGCGGCUACCCGGGCAAGCGGAUGCGCAAGUACAACUGGAGCGCCAAGGCCAAGCGCCGGAGGACGACGGGCACGGGGAGGAUGCGGCACCUGAGGCACGUGUACAAGCGCUUCAGGCACCAGUUCAGGGAGGGGGAGAUGCACGCACCGGUGGGUGGCAAGAGGCGCGAGCGCAGCGCCAGCCGCGGGCGGCGGAAGGAUCGCGCCCGAGGCAAUCGCAGCGCCAGCGCCAGCGACGGGAGCAGCUCCAGCCCGUCGCGCUCCCCGAGGAGGGAACGGAAGGGGGAUGAUGCGGGAAAGAGGGGGGAGGGGGGGAUAGGAUCGGCCGGCGGGGUGGAGAAUGGGUCCCUGGUGGGAAAGGUGGCGCGGGAGCCGCUGUCGCUGGAGGAGCUGGUGAGGAAGCGAGAACAGCAGCAGAAGGAGGAGCAGAAGCCGAUGUUUUUGUCGAAGAAGCAGAGGGAGGAGCUGGCGCUGAAGCGGCGGCAGAGCGAGGUGGAGGGGCAGCGCGCCCGGGCGGAGGAGAUGAAGAAGGCACGGGAGGCGUACCUUGGUAACCUGGCACGACAGAGGGAGCUUGAAAGGAAGCGGGUAGAGGAAGAGCGUCGGCAGUUCCAGGAUGAGAGGGAGAGGGAGAAGGAGAAGGAGCUCAUCCGACAGCAAUACCUUGGGCAGGAAAAGGUCAAGAAGAGGGUGUUGAAGCCCAGCGAGAAGUUUAGGUUCAACUUUGACUGGGACGUUGGCGAUGACACGUCCAGGGACCUGAACCCCCUCUACAACACACCGCACGAUGCCCACCUGCUUUUUGGACGGGGCUUGAGAGCGGGCAUAGACCGGAGGGAGCAGAAGAAGGGUGCCGCACAGCAUGAAAAGGAGCUGCUGCAGAAGCUGCGCUCAGCUGCGGGCCUCAAGGAAACCAAGGAGAGCCGCAAGCUGGACAGGGAGCGUGAGAAGGCUGCCGACAAGUACGACGGCUUUGACAUGAAGACCGAGAAGCACUGGACGGAGAAGGACAAGGAGGAGAUGACAGAGCGCGACUGGCGGAUCUUCAAGGAAGAUUACAACAUAUCGUUCAAGGGGAGCGGUGCCACGCCUGCCCUGCCCAUCCGCACCUGGGAGGAGGCCCACCUGCCCAAGCCGCUGAUGAAGGCGGUCGUAAAGGCCGGCUUCAAGAAGCCCACGCCCAUCCAGAUGGCAGCCAUGCCAGUUGGGAUACAGGGCAGGGACAUGAUAGGGAUCGCAGAGACUGGUUCGGGCAAGACUGCGGCAUUUGUGAUCCCGAUGCUGAUGUACAUCCAGGCCCAGCCUGUGAUGACAGAGGAGCUGGAGGCUGAGGGCCCGUACGCGGUCGUGCUGGCGCCGACGCGCGAGCUGGCCCAGCAGAUCGAGGAGGAGGCUGUUAAACUUGCACACUACACGAAGUACAGGAUGUGCUCCGUGGUGGGGGGGCAGCCGAUCGAGGACCAGGGGUACAAACUGCGCAAGGGGUGUGAGCUGGUGAUCGCCACGCCGGGGCGGCUGCUGGACUGCCUUGAGCGACGCUACGCAGUGCUCAACCAGUGCAACUAUGUGGUGCUGGACGAGGCAGAUCGGAUGAUAGACAUGGGUUUUGAGCCGCAGGUUGUGGGCGUCCUGGACGCCAUGCCAUCCACCAAUCUCCGCCCCGAGAACGAGGAGGCCGAGGGUGGCUCCCUCAAGUACCGCACCACCCACAUGUUCAGCGCCACGAUGCCCUCCGCCGUGGAGCGCCUUGCCAAAAAGUACCUGCGCCGGCCCGUGGUCAUCACCAUCGGCACCGCAGGCAAGGCCACGGACAACGUCUCCCAGCGCGUCAUCCCCUGCAAGGAGAACGAGAAGGAGCAUCGGCUAGAGCAGGAGAUGAGCAAGCUGCACGAGAAGCGCGCGAUCGUGUUCGUCAACACCAAGGCCAAGUGCGACGUGGUGUACAGGCGCCUGGAGGCCAUGGGCUACAGCUGCACGGUGCUGCACGGCGGCAAGACGCAGGAGCAGCGGGAGGCCAGCAUCAAGGGCUUCAGGGACGACGCCUACAACAUACUCAUCGCCACCGACGUGGCGGGCCGCGGGAUAGACGUGCCCGACGUCGCCCUGGUGAUCAACUACGACAUGCCCAACAACAUCGAAAUGUACACGCACAGGAUCGGACGGACCGGCCGCGCGGGCCGCAAGGGGGUGGCCAUCACCUUCUUGACGAUGGGCGAGGCCGAGCAGCCGGUGCUGUACGACCUGAAGAAGGUGCUGGAGGAGUGCGGUGUGAGCGUGCCGCCUGAGUUGGCGCGCCACCCCAAGGCGCAGGUCAAGCCGGGGACCAUAGAGCAGCGACCAAGGAGGAAGGAGCAGCUGUUCGCGGCGUGA